AUGCAGUUCAAACGAUCCCUCCAGCUCGUCGUCCUCGCAGUCGCUGCAGUCCUCUUCGUCGAGGCGCACCCAAUCGACGCAGCCAUUGAGGAGAGGCAACUCCUAGGCUUACCAAUCAGCCUCCCUCUCCUACCGAUCCUCUUCCCUCCCCCCGCCCUCCUGACCAUCCCGGUCCCCGUACCCACCAGACUCCCAGUCCCAGUCCCAACAGUCCCAGUGCCCCUACCGCCUCAAGAGCCCCAACAACUUCCCCCGCUCCCCCCGCUCCCAAAUCUCCCAGAGUUCCCCGCAUGGCCUGCAUGGCCCGCCUUCCCGGCCUUCCCAGCGUUCCCAGCGUUCCCGGCCUUCACGUAG